UCUCUCUCUCUCUCUCUCUCUCUCUCUCAUCCCCAAUCAGUUCAUGAAAUUCAAUUCUUUUAUCUACUCAGUAUUGUUUGCUUCUCUCUCUCUCUCUCUCUCUCUCUCUCUCUGUUCUCAAUUCUACUGAGCCCAAACUGAACAUGGGUUGGUGGGAGCGCUGAAGGAGGAGAAGAGAGAAGAGAAAAAUGGUGUUGAAAGAGCAACCGAAAUACGAGAGGGUGAACUUACAACACCCCACCAACAAGAGCAAAAACACCAACAGAUACGUCAUUGGAUGCGCCAUUUUUGCCUCUCUCAAUUCUGUUCUUCUCGGCUAUGAUGUCGGGGUCAUGAGUGGAGCCAUCCUCUUCAUUCAGGAGGAUCUCAAAAUCACAGAGGUACAGGAAGAAGUUCUUGUCGGUAGCCUAAGCAUCAUUUCACUCUUUGGAAGCCUUGGAGGUGGCCGCACUUCUGACGCCAUUGGGCGGAAAUGGACAAUGGGUUUGGCAGCCAUAGUCUUCCAAUCGGGAGCGGCUCUAAUGGCCAUGGCCCCUUCCUUCACAAUACUCAUGGUCGGGAGGCUUCUCGCUGGCAUAGGCAUAGGCUUCGGAGUCAUGAUCGCCCCGGUAUACAUAGCAGAGAUUUCCCCAGCAGUAACGAGAGGAGCCCUCACUUCCUUCCCUGAAAUCUUCAUCAACGUUGGGAUCCUUCUGGGCUACGUCUCUAACUAUGCAUUUUCUGGCAUCUCUGUCCACAUCAACUGGAGAAUAAUGCUCGCUGUGGGAAUCCUCCCUUCGGUUUUCAUCGCAUUCGCUCUCUUUAUAAUUCCAGAGUCACCCCGAUGGCUUGUGAUCCAAAACAGGGCCGAUGAAGCAAGAUCAGUUCUCCUAAAGAUCACAGAAGAUGAGGCAGAGGUGGAAGCAAGGUUAGUCGAGAUAGAGGAAGCUGCUUCGACAGGAAACAAGGAGAAGGCAGUGUGGCAAGAACUGUUGAGCCCUUCUCCCGCUCUCCGACGCAUGCUCAUAACAGGAUUUGGGAUCCAAAUAUUCCAGCAAAUCACAGGCAUAGACGCCACGGUAUACUAUAGCCCGACAAUAUUCAAGGAUGCGGGGAUCACGAGUGAGAAGGCCAUCCUUGCGGCCACUGUUGCUGUGGGCUUUGCAAAGACUUCUUUCAUCUUGGUCGCCAUUUUCCUUAUCGACAGGGUGGGGAGGAAACCUUUGCUGUAUGUAAGCACCGUGGGGAUGACCGCUUCUUUGUUCAGUUUGGGGAUGGCACUCUCAUUCCUCACACAUGGGUCCAGUCCAAAAGGGACAGGGAUCGCUUUGGCGAUAUUGGCAGUCUGUGGAAAUGUGGCUUUUUUCUCGGUCGGCAUUGGGCCUGUUUGCUGGGUUGUGACUUCUGAGAUCUUCCCAUUGAGGCUACGAGCUCAGGCAUCAGCGCUCGGUGCAGUGGGCAACCGGGUGUCUAGUGGACUUGUGGCCAUGUCCUUUUUGUCUCUGUCUCGGGCAAUCUCUGUUGCUGGUGUUUUCUUUGUGUUCUCAGCCAUAUCAGCCCUCUCUGUUGCAUUUGUGUACUUCUUUGUUCCUGAAACCAAAGGGAAAUCACUGGAACAAAUAGAAUUGUUGUUCCAGCAAGGAGGAGAGUAUUGGCGAAAAGGUGGUGGUGAAGUGGAGUUGGGGGAUGUGGAGCAGCUGGUUCAGAAACAGCGAAAACCUGAAGAAGUAGAGUUAGGGAAUACGGCUCAGCUGGCUCAAAAACAGUGAAUUCUGCUGCAUUAUGAUGCUCUCAGACCAUCAAUUCUAUUUAUUUUGACCUUCUUCUUACAUUAUUAUUCGAUGGGGUGCUCUCCAACCAGUACUGAUGAGAACUAUGAAGUUGAGGGUACUUGGGCAACAGAAGAUUGCAAACCUCACAUACCAAUAUUCUCAUUCUCAAAGAAAGGAAAAUAAUGGAGGGUGAUGGAUUUCCGUAGUUUAUGUGAAAAUCAUCAGUACUGAUGGGUUUCCCCAACAAUGCCUUGAAAUGGCAAUUAAUGUUCAUAACUAAAAAAUUGUCCUCAAGAUUAUUCUUUGAUGAGAAAUACAUCACACUUUUUGUUUC